AUGGGGAACGCAUGCAGAUGCCACUGGUCCCGUCGCACGCUCAACAGCGCCAGUCGAUCCGUCAUAUGCAACAACCGUCUUCCGGUUACCGAUCUCGGCUCGCGGGACGGCGCUCCGCCGAAUGGAGACGUCAUCCCCGACGGUUCCCCUGUCCUGUCUCCCAGAGGGUGUGCCAUGGCUAUGCUCAGACGCGGGUGCUCUUGGCGCACACACGCCAUCGCCAUCGCCAGCUUGUGGUGA